CCUCUCUCCCUCUCUCUCUCUCUCUCUCUCUCUCUGCAUCACUGAGAUCUUACUCUGAUUCAAACUCAUAUUGAUCUGCAUCUCAAUCUAGUGAUUUACAACCUAUGUACACGAAUUACUGACGAAUGAGAGUUUGAAAUUCUAAAAACAAAAGGGGCAUCGCAAUCGAUUUCACUGAGAAUGUUGUGUCAUCGUGUAUCUGCAGCAGUUUCAUUGAUUGUCUUGCUUUCGUGCCUUUUCAAUGUUGCUGUUGACUGCAAAACGCUAAAAAGAGACGUGAAAGCACUUAACGAAAUUAAAGCAUCUCUUGGAUGGAGGGUGGUGUAUGCAUGGGUUGGAGAUGAUCCUUGUGGAGAUGGUGAUUUACCAGCCUGGUCUGGAGUCACUUGCUCCACACAAGGUGAUUAUAGAGUAGUUACUGAACUGGAAGUAUAUGCGGUGUCAAUUAUUGGACCUUUUCCUACUGCAGUAACCAAUCUGCUGGAUCUUACGAGGCUGGAUCUCCACAACAAUAAGUUGACAGGACCAAUUCCACCUCAAAUCGGACGUUUGAAGCGUCUUAAAGUACUUAACUUGAGGUGGAACAAGCUGCAGGAUGUCAUUCCUCCUGAAAUAGGUGAACUGAAGAAACUAACACAUCUGUACUUGAGUUUCAAUAGCUUUAAGGGUGAAAUCCCCAGGGAGCUUGCUAAUCUUCCGGAGCUACAGUAUCUCCAUCUUCAUGAAAAUCGCUUUAUUGGGAGAAUUCCACCAGAAUUGGGCACCUUACGGAAUCUUCGCCACCUAGAUGUCGGUAACAAUCACUUGGUUGGAACUAUAAGGGAACUAAUACGUAUGGAAGGAUGUUUUCCCGUUCUGCGCAAUCUUUAUCUUAAUAAUAACUAUCUGACCGGAGGAAUACCAGCACAGCUUGCGAACUUGACUAAUCUUGAAAUUCUGUAUUUAUCUUACAACAAGAUGUCAGGGAUUGUACCAGCUGGACUUGCUCAUAUUCCCAAGUUAACUUACUUGUACUUGGAUCACAAUCAAUUAAGUGGAAGAAUUCCUGAUGCUUUCUACAAGCAUCCUUAUCUGAAAGAACUAUACAUCGAAGGGAAUGCAUUCCGGCCAGGCGUGAACCCAAUUGGUAUUCAUAAAGUACUCGAAUUAUCAGACUCCGAUUUCUUGUUUUAGUCAACUUCACUACCCAAUUUUAUGUUCUACUCAAACGAAGCACGAUACAAGAAUUCCCAAGUUUUGUUGUCAACAGUCUACCUCUUAUCAAUGAGAAAAUUACCAACUGUGUCUCAAGAUUCUCUUUGUAUCCCAAACGGGAAUACCAUUUCUAUAGCUUGGUUAGAAAAUUUCAGUCGACUUUGGAAUGGGUAUUAUAACAGCAUGUAUUUCCUCGGUUAUGAUUGGGAACCUCGGUUGUUAUAGCUUAUGAUUUUACCAUGAGUUUUUUUUUGUUUGUUCAUAAUCUGUCUAGUGACUAGCAUCUC